AAAACAAAAACAUAAUAGAGAGCUCCAUAUUUCCAAAGAAGCUAAGAUAUCCAAAAUGUUGAAUCAGCAACAAUUAUCAGCAGUUACAAUUUUCGUGACACUGCUAUUUGCAGCCAUAAUUACUUCCUCGAAAACAAUCGCUGCGGUGGAACCGAUUCUUGAGCUGUACAUGCACGACAUCCUCGGCGGCAGCAACCCGACCGCCAGACCAAUCACCGGCUUACUCGGCAACAUAUACAGCGGCCAAGUCCCCUUCGCCCGCCCCCUCGGAUUCCUCCCCCCGAAAUCCGGGGUCGCCAUUCCCAACGCCAACGGCGCAAUCCCGACGAUAAACCCCAACGGAAUCCCACUCGGCACCGGCCUAAUCGGCACAGCCUUCGCCGGCGGCUUCCCAACCAACAACAACAACAACAACGGCGCAAUUAACACCGCCCAAUUGGGACCCGACGGGCUGGGGCUGGGGUUCGGGACGAUCACCGUGAUCGACGACUACCUGACGUCGGCGCCGGAGCUGGGGUCGCAGCAGCUGGGGAAGGCUCAAGGUGUGUACGUGGCGAGCUCUGCCGAUGGGUCGACACAGAUGAUGGCUUUCACGGCGAUGAUGGAAGGAGGUGAAUUCGGGGACAGCAUUAAUUUCUUCGGAGUUUUUAAGAUUGGGAGCACGAUGUCUCGGCUGUCGGUCACCGGAGGUACGGGGAAGUUUAAGAAUGCGUGUGGUUUUGCGGAGGUGAGGUCACUCAUUCCGGCGGGUCAGCAUGUUGCCGACGGUGUCGAGACAUUGCUCAGGAUUACCGUCCAUCUCACUUACUGAUCGAACGGAUUGUGGUUUUCUGCGAUCGAAGUAAAAGGAAACAAGGGAUACAUACAUAUAUGUGGGGAGUGUUUGUUUUAAUUUGUGCCUGAAAAAGUCUUGUGUGAUUUCUUAUUUCUCAUUUCAGUGUGUUUAUUGUGCCCAAAAGUAUAUAAUCAAUUAUAUGUUUUUUUUCGUUCAUUCUCAAAUCUUAAUCCAUGAAUCAGCUU